CAGGUCGCUUGCCUCUAAAGGGGCUGUCAACGGCGCCCGGCAUCCCAUUGUACAGCGAACCGUCGCCGAACACGGACGCCUGCCCGCCUGCCUGUCGAAAACAGCCAGCAAAUCCGCGCUCACUCUGAAUCGCAAUAAACCGCCUAUGACCGACCGCGGUGUGUGUGUGUGUGUGGCGUGAAGCGUUACGCUCAUUUUAAUAACAUUGUGGAAAAUUGAACUGUCCAAAAAACGGUGAGCUCCGUGCAGAGCAAGCGAGGCGGAAGAAACAUUCGACAUUAACCGAAAAUACGUGCAUCGCACCCUAGAGCAGUGAGGGAAAAAGUCGUUGGUGGAAAAGAAAAGAAAGUUACUAGGCCGUGACAGGUUGCAAAGUGAGCACGAGAAAGGCCACGCCACGAUCAUUGUGCGAUAUCUGUUUUUAGCGCCAGUGAGUUACAGUCGUUACCGGUCGUUGGUGAGAAGCUUUGAAGCGAUCAGCAGCAGACCAUUCUGACCGCGAGUCUGCACGGUGACAGUUGAUCGUUGUUGUGACGGUUCGAGCGAUAGAGAGACAUUGAUCGCACGCAGGAUAAUCAAUAAGCGAUGGAUAAUUACAAGAAGAAAACACCCGGUCGGGUGCAGCAUCUGGAGUAUACUCAAAUACGUCCGCAGCUCACCGGAGGCAGCAAGUCCGAGCUUACGGGAUACAUUUUCGGUCGUAUGAAGUCCGAGCUGAACGAUGUUCCGGCACAGACGGCCGCCGGGUCCACGUUACCCUUGGUGGACAUGAUCAAGGAUGACGAAGAGGCCGGAACGUACAAUCCGUUCGAGAACCGAAAGCUGACGCACCCGACCACCGAUAUGGAAACUCUGGUCCAUCUGCUGAAAGGUUCGCUAGGAUCAGGUAUUCUAGCGAUGCCGUUAGCAUUCGUGAACGCUGGACUCUGGUUUGGAUUGGUCGCUACGAUCGCGAUCGGUGCCAUCUGUACCUACUGCAUCCACAUCCUGGUGCGCUGUUCACACAUCUUGUGCCGAAGGGCACAGCUACCAUCGCUUGGAUUUGCUGACGUGGCCGAGGUAGCGUUCCUUGCCGGUCCUGAACAGCUGAAGAAGUACUCUCGACUCGCUCGGUUCAUCAUCAACCUGUUUCUGGUGAUCGAUCUGAUUGGGUGCUGCUGCAUCUACAUCGUGUUCGUGGCGACCAAUCUGAAGCAGGUGGUGGACCACUACACCCAUUCCUACUGGGAUGUGCGUAUUUACAUCCUGAUGAUGUUGGUACCGCUGAUCCUGCUUAACCUGAUCCGAAAGCUGAAGUACCUGACGCCGUUCUCGCUGAUCGCUAACGUGCUGAUUGGGGCUGGUGUUGGCAUCACACUGUACUACAUCGUCACUGAUCUGCCGGCCCUGUCCGAUCGCAAAGCGAUUGCUGAAGUUCAACACAUGCCAAUGUUCUUCGGAACUGUUAUCUUCGCGCUGGAAGGCAUCGGUGUAGUUAUGUCGCUGGAGAACAACAUGAAGAACCCGCAGAACUUUAUCGGCUGUCCCGGGGUGCUCAACACUGGAAUGUCCGUUGUGGUGAUGCUGUACGCAACGGUCGGCUUUUUGGGCUACUUGAAGUAUGGAGAUGACACCAAGGGCAGUAUUACGUUGAACCUUCCGGUGGAGGAUGUGUUGGCUCAAAUGGUAAAGCUCAUGAUUGCGGUAGCCAUCUUCCUUACCUAUGCGCUCCAAUUCUACGUGCCCAUGGAGAUCAUCUGGAAAAACAUCAAAGGAAACUUCAAUGAGCACCAGAACGCGGCCGAGUACACCCUCCGAAUUGGUCUGGUGAUCCUUACGGUCAUAAUUGCAGCAGCACUCCCCAACCUCGGUCCGUUCAUCACCCUCAUCGGAGCUGUGUGUCUGAGCACGCUUGGUUUGAUGUUCCCGGCCGUGAUAGAGCUGGUCACGUUCUACGAAAAGCCCGGGUACGGCCGAUUCAACUGGGUCCUGUGGAAGAACGUGUUUCUCAUUCUGUUUGGUGUGGUCGGCUUCGUCACCGGCACUUACGUCAGUAUUGUGGAGUUCUCGGAGCAUCUGGAAGAAGUGUAAGGCUGCCGACAGCCGACAGCACCUUUCGUCCCACUAGAACUCCUCAGGCGUGGCGGGAUACUGCAUCGCAGCGCGACACAUGCCGUGUGCUCUUGACUCUGCCACCAACUGCAUGCUCUGUAGGGUAGAUGUGAGUGGCGCGGCAAGCGAAGAUGCGGAAGUCUUGAGCCCGAGUUUCCGCACCAGAAGUGCAUCGGACCACCGACGUGUUGUGGUGCGUUGAUCGGUGCAUUAGGAGCUAUGGAUCCGUUGCAGCUAUGCGCAUCGCACAUCGGCUCACCGCUCUCUGAUGUACUUUACCGUCUUCAUCAAUUGUAGGAUCUCGUUGAAUCAAUGACGUCGUUUAAUCGCGCUAGUAGAUCCGUGCUGCGUAAGCGUGCGCUUCCUUGUGUUAAUACUAUGAGUUUAUAAUUUUAUUAUCAUAUCAUACAGGUAUCCAUGUUAAUCUUUCGUUCCUUCCAAUGAUCUGUUCUUUCCUCUCCUGGCACACGUAGUAUUUCCCCGAAUCCUGUUCCAUUUUUACCACUAGACACCUGUCCCACUGCAUCCUUGUUCGUUAUCGUUAAGUGUGUAAGCUCGACCCGAAUCUGAUUUGGGAACCAUAUCUGCGAUACAAUAGGAAGGAGAAAAAGCUUAGCUGGUGUUACUUGAGUGUGCGCAACACUACAAAAAUACAUGCCCCAUAUUAGGACGUUUAGGAAAACUGUAACGACGUUACACGCGAGAAGAAAUUAUCCAACCUAGUUGUAUACGCGUCCCCGGACGGCAUUGCUGUAGAGUAGCCUCACCAGACUUGUUUACCGAUAACGUACACACAGGAUGAAGGAAGGGGGAAUCUUCGCGCUUGUAAGACGCAUCCUCAGCUACCUAGGGCUCCCAUAUGCCCAGUGUUUCAUGCACAGGAACUUGUGAUGUUGAGUGUUGAUGUAGCAUGUAAGAGAUGUGUUCGGACUCAGUGUCACACUGGCCGGAAUGAAAUAUUUAUCUACUGUUUUAAUCCUUAUACACCCUAAGGGCGUUACGUGCGUGAGGAAAUGUUCCUAGCGGACUUUGCAUCGGAGAACGGUUUGCCAUUGAAAUGCUAGUGCAGUUAGUAGUGAUUGCCGUAGUUAAUGCUCGACACCAGUUCCUGCGAGGGCUGUUUUCAGAACAACAUAUUUUAAUAUCAUAACAAAAGACAGGAAGCAGCAGGACGUUUUGCAACUAUCUAACCUAACCUAGACCUUAAUCCUUCCGAACGCCUACCGAAAGCAGUCUUCCAAUAUCGAUCAACAAGCGGAACAGUUCUACCGCAACAUGUCUUAGUAGAUUGCGUCAAAAUGGUUGUUUCUGCGAAUGACUACGUAGUAUAACGCUAAGUACAGAAUAGAUUUCUAGUAGACGUAUUAGUAGUUCGCUGUAAGUACAGGCUACACGCUUUGUUAAUAUUUUCGGAAUGAAUAUAAGACUAUUCCUUCAAUAAAUAUAUCAACAAUUACAAUUUUG